UAAUUUUUUUCAACAAAAAGUGAUUCAGUCGUAGUAGUUCAUAUUUAUCGUUUUGAGAAAUAUUUGUUUGUCAAAUUGUAAUGAAAUUGUGUAUUGAUUAUAAAUCUGAUCGUGCUCUAUAAAUACGUGGAUCAAAACUUCUUUAAUUGUAAAACAGCAGACCAUGCUCUAUCGCCGGUCUGUGGCACAGAAGAGAGCACAAGAGACGUGACGUUGCACCCUGCUGGCGCCGGUGGGGCUGCACAAACAUGCUGCGUGCCAUCGUCGCCUGCCUCUUGGCGCUACUCACUAAAGCCACUGCUAAUGUAUAUGUUUACACAGUGGACACUCCACACACAAUAGCGCAGGAGUUCCCCGAUAUGCCGGCGACGUUCGGUGGCGAGGUGCCGCUGACGGGGCUGCGCGGGUUACUGGUGCAGGGCGAGCCCGAGGACGGGUGCUCCGCCCUGCCGCCGCCCCCGCAGGUCACAGACAACUUCACCGGCAAGUGGAUAGUGCUACUCGCAAGGUUCAAUUGUAGCUUUGAGAUAAAGAUUCGUAACGCGCAGGCAGCCGGCUACGACUGCGCCAUUGUACACAAUGUCAACUCUAGCGAACUCGAGACAAUGUCAGCAAAGAAUCCAGAUGGCAUUGUGAUACCGUCGACUUUUGUGAGUGACAAGACGGGUGAGGUGCUAAUUGAAGCAUACCUAUAUACUUUCGGAAAUUACUAUAUAAUGUUGGACGGUAUUUCACCGUACAAUAUUAACAGUCUGCUGGUGCCGUUUGCAGUCGUAGUUGUUCUGUGCCUCAUUGUGAUACUUAUAUUUAUGAUAAUAAAGUGCAUAAAGGACCGGAGGAGGGCGAGGCGACACCGGCUACCUAAUCGCUUUCUCAAGAAGAUCCCGACCUGCAAAUUCAGUAAGGGCGAUCCUUACGACACCUGCGCCAUCUGCCUCGACGACUACCAGGAGGGCGAGCGUCUGCGAGUGCUGCCCUGUGCACACGCGUACCACUCGAAGUGCAUAGACCCUUGGCUGACGCAGAACCGGCGCGUGUGUCCCGUGUGCAAGCGGCGCGUGUUGGCCGCCGGCGAGCCGCGCGCGCGCUCGGACUCCGACAGCGACACCGAGCCCCUGCUCGCCGACAGCGACCGAGCCCCCACACAGGGCGGUACAUUUGAUGAGCAGAGAGAGAAUCCGUUCGUGCGCGCGGUGCGGCACAUGGUGCGUCUGCGCGAGCGACACGAGCGCGGACAGGACGCAGAGAGCGCUCAGCCUUCAGAAGAAACUGAACAGACAAACAAUGGCGAAAAUGCGAGCGUUGAGGCGGAAGAGACGCAGUCGCUGGUGGCGCGCACAGAGCGGCGGUCGCGGCGCUCGCGACGCGCAAGGAGGGCGCAAGCCCGCCAGAACCCAUCCAUUAACAGUGAAACACGAGGGGAAAUAGGUGUAGCAGCAUUACCAGUGUCGCCGGCGGACGCCACGCCGCAACACAUGAUAUUAUGAGCGCAUCCGCACGCGACGUGUAUCCGACCGUGUGACGUCACGCGAUGCGCCGCCAUCUUGUAACGUCCAAACAGAACCGCGCCAUUCGUAGCGACAAUUGCAAACACUACGCGGAACGAAAGAAGGUAACACUGAAAAUACGAAAGUGUUGUGCAAUAUUAACUCUAGGUUUCGUUUUUUCAGUUGCGACAAGGCUCGGUUAAAAUUACUUUUGUUGGAAUAAUGUGUGUUUUCGAGUCUAAAAUUGUAUUUGAGAAUAUUAUUAAGACGUCGUUAUAAAAAAAGUUUUAUCCAUUCAUGUUUUGCACCCACAAUCACACAUUUAAUUUUUAAGGCAUUAGUUACUGACUUUGAAUAUUGAGGUGAAUAUCUCCUUGACAAAUAAUUUGUUAAAUAUUUUUACAUGAGUAUGCAACUGACUUGUAAAGUAAAAUAUGAAUUAGACAAUUUUACAACACACUAAUGUUACAAUUGUUUAUUAUAGUAUGAACAAAAUCUAUGUAACUCAUAAACCAAGCUUUACCCAAGGACUUAUAAAUAUCUUUAGACUAGACCUAAAAAGCAAUGCAAGUCAUACUUGUAGUUUUGGUGUAUAAAAAAUGGAUUACUUGAGUCAUAAAAAAACAUACGUCACUCUAACACACAAAUAUUUAUAUGUAUUAUGACUACAAAUAUGAUUUGCCAACUUAAUGUAUUAAAACAAUCUUACUAA